AUGUAUAAAGCCAUUACAUCACUUUGGUCUAAACCAACAUCAUCAAAUAAAAUUCAAUUGUCAUCAGAUGUACCUGUUGAUGAAGACAGUUGGGUAUUUGUUUCGGAUACGAUAGUAGUAGUAGUACCAUCAUCAACGAGACAUAAUAAUUCUAUGACAAAUAGUUGGACAGAAUCAUUAUCUUUAAAUAAAACUGACGAAUCACCGGCUCAUGUGCAUCAUCUUAAUCCAAUUGAGAAUUUACUUAUAGAACAUGCGAGUAUGAGUGUUUAUGAACAGAUUGCUUCGAAAACACGAAAUAGACGUCGAAGAAAAUCAAUUAAUGAUAAUAAUAAACUUGAUGGACAAGCUGAAGAAGUGGAAGAACAAGAAGAUGAUGAUGACGAUGAUAGAACAUCGAUGAAUCAUCAUCAUCAUUCAAAUUUAACUCCAAGUCAUCAUCGAAGUAUGAAUAUUUCGACAAAUACUUUCAUAACAACUCUUGAAUCAUCAACAUUAUCAUUGACUGGUCAUCAUCGUCAUCUACAACGUUUACAUCAACGACGUAAACGAUCAAAUAAAUCAUCAUCAUCGAAAUUAAUUUUACCAAAUACAAUUGAUCAAUCAAAACAAGAAUCUAAUGAAAAUAUUGAUUUACAUCAUAAAUAUACACCUAAAAUUCAUCUUCAACAAUCUUCUGAUUCAAAUAAUUAA